GCAAUGGUUUUUCGUGACAGCAUUUACAUUGUGACUGUGAGCAGCCGGAUAGACAAACUAAAGAGCAGCCCGCCCCUCUUUACGGUGAGACCUCUCUUACUGGAGCACAGUUCACUUCCAGACGUUGAAGUGGUGCAGACAUACUGUUCACACAAAGAUGAAGCUGGCCUCGAUAACAGCUUUGCUCUGCACCUUCAGUUUGAUCUCUGUCUGUGUUUCUGAGUUCCACACUGUGGAGGUCCAGCCUGCUGAACAAGUCACACUGAUGUGCUCCAACUUCAGCAGCUUUACCGCUCACAUGUUCUGGUUCAGACUGGACAGCAGACCCAACAUCAGCCGUAUCUCCUCUAUGCAGAGCUCUGAUUCAAAUGCUUCAGUCUACGAUGGAUUUCAAAAUGGAAAAUUUAACAUGACAUCCAACACCACUACCCUCUUCCUCAACAUCAACCAUGUGGAUUUAUCUGACUCUGGACUGUAUUUCUGUGGAUUUUACUCAGAUGGAAAGCCAGUAAUUGUUAGUGGAACAUAUCUAAAGGUUCAAGGAGUGUUUGAUGGAAUAACGAGCCUGACCAGUGUGAUCCUCCUUGGUCUGAUUCUUUUCCUCGUUACAGUCGUCAUUGGUCUGGUUGUCAAAAUCAUCAAACUUCGCACAGCUCAGAAAGAGGGACAGACUCCACAAUGCAGCGAGAACCUGGGCUCUGAUGCCCUGAACUAUGCAGCGCUCAGUUUCCAUCCAAAAGCAAGAAGCAGCAGAAGGCCUGAAUCAGAGAACCAGCUGGAGCCAGAUGUGGUGUACGCUGUCACCAGAUAGACUCAGGAAACAUCUGGAACUGCAGCGCAGAGUAAAACUGAUGCUUUAUCAAAUUAAAGGUGCUCUAAGCGAUGUUGGGUUAUGUCACUUCUUGUUGACGUUUGAAGUGUUGUCAAAGAAAACUGAGGCUAGCUCGCCCCUCCCUCCUCCUCAUCCCGUCCCCUCCCCAU